UCCGGUGGAUAGCCGGAUUCAGAGAUGUGGGCGUGAUACCAAAAUGGCAAUGUUAUUGAAAUUUGCCUCAGUUUUUAUUUUUAUGCUUGUUGUUUUCACCAACGAUGUCUCAGCAAAUAUUAAACACAUAGAAGCCAAUCCGGACACAAAGAGGCUUUACGAUGAUUUAUUGAGUAAUUAUAACAGGCUCAUUAGGCCAGUAAUUAACCACACAGAAACACUGACUGUCUGGCUAGGAUUGAAGUUGUCUCAGUUAAUUGAAAUGAAUCUCAAGAACCAAAUUAUGACCACAAAUCUAUGGGUGGUACAGAAAUGGUACGAUUACAAGUUAAGGUGGGACCCAGAAGAAUAUGGGGGAGUAGAAAUGCUAUAUGUCCCCUCUGAGCACAUCUGGUUACCAGAUAUUGUACUUUUCAACAAUGCAGACGGCAACUAUGAAGUAACCCUGAUGACCAAAGCUGUUUUAUCCUACACAGGGGAAGUAAUUUGGAAGCCGCCAUCCAUUUAUAAAUCUUCCUGCGAGAUAAAUGUGCAAUACUUUCCAUUUGAUGAACAGAGCUGUUUAAUGAAAUUCGGCUCGUGGACAUACAACGGAAAACAAGUGGAUCUGAAACACAUUGACCAAGUUGCUGGGAGCAACAUAGUCAAGGUCGGAAUCGAUUUGAGUGAAUUCUACCUGUCAGUUGAAUGGGAUUUGCUGGCAGUGCCUGCUACUAGAAACGAGGAAUACUACCCUUGUUGUCCGGAACCUUAUGCUGACAUAACCUUCAAGAUAACGAUGCGUCGAAAAACCCUUUUCUACACGGUGAACCUGAUAAUUCCCUGCGUAGGAAUCACGUUCCUCACCGUGCUGGUGUUCUACCUUCCCUCAGAUUCCGGUGAAAAAGUCAGCUUGUGCGUGUCGAUUCUGCUCUCUCUCACCGUGUUCUUCCUCCUGCUGGCAGAGAUCAUCCCACCCACAUCUUUGGCCGUGCCCUUGCUGGGGAAAUACCUAUUGUUCACCAUGUCCCUAGUUACUUCUUCCAUUUGGGUUACAGUUUGCGUGCUCAACGUUCAUUUCAGAUCACCAUCUACCCACAAAUUGGGACCAUGGGUUAGAAAAGUUUUCCUGCAGUGGAUGCCAAAGCUGCUCAUCAUGAGGAGGACAACGUAUACUGUGCCAGAAUACGAUGACAGCAUGCCGCCACGUGGAUAUACGAACGAUAUGGAUAUGCAAAUGAAUGUCAGCGAGCCAUUCACAACAGAUUUCAAAAUAACUAGUAAAGAGCCAAGCUUCGUAUUACAAAAUGCAGAGGACAAUAAACUGAAGGCACACGCCUCAAUGACUUGUUCUUCUGAUAUAACUCCCCGUCAGUUGUCAAACAAUGUUCUCGAAGCUCUACAGGGAGUACGUUUCAUUGCACAACACAUUAGAGAUGCUGAUAAAGACAGAGAGAUAGUGGAAGAUUGGAAAUUCAUCUCCAUGGUAUUGGAUAGAUUCUUUUUGUGGGUGUUCACACUCGCUUGUAUUGGAGGCACGUGCGGUAUUAUUUUCCAAGCACCCUCUCUGUACGACACCAGAACCCCCGUGGAUCAACAACUCAGCGAAAUAACACUUUCGAAAAUAUUUCAGCUGCCUCCAGCUCACAUUCCCAUUCAAUAAUAAGAAUAAAAUAGGAAUUCGAAGUAAUAAAGUUGUUAUUAAAAUUUUUCGUUAUCACAUAUG